AUGGUGGAAGCAGCCAAAGGCAAGACUCAUGGGAACAUUCAGGAUGGGGACACCCUGAGUCCUACAGAUAUUGAGGCAAACAUGUCCACCGAGGUGGCCCUCACUGUGCUGGAUGUACUGGAGCUCUUUGUCCAUCAUCACAAGAAGCAGCUGUUGCUGGAUGAUGGACAAAAUGUACUGAUGAAGAAGGUGCUGGACACCUACUUGCUCUUCUUUCAGAUCAACCAAUCAACUGCCACUCUACGGCAUAUCUUCGCUGGACUCAGGCUCUUUGUACAAAAGUUCCCCAGUGCAUUCUUCCAGGGUAAGGCAGACCUGUGUGGCUGUCUGUGCUACGAGAUCCUCAAGUGCUGUAACCAUCGCUCCAGCUCCACCCAGACGGAGGCCGCUGCCCUGCUGUAUUUUUUCAUGAGAAAAAACUUUGAGUUCACCAAGGGCAAGUCUAUAGUCCGCUCACAUCUGCAGGUCAUCAAGGCAGUGAGCCAGUUGAUAGCAGAUGCUGGCAUUGGAGGAUCCAGAUUUCAGCAGUCUCUGGCUAUCAUCAAUAACUUUGCCAACGGAGAUGCACCACUCAAGAACACUCCAUUCCCUGCUGAGGUGAAGGACCUGACCAAACGGAUCAGGACGGUUCUGAUGGCCACAGCCCAAAUGAAGGAGCAUGAGAAGGAUCCGGAGAUGCUGGUGGAUCUCCAGUACAGUCUGGCUAACUCCUACGCCAGCACCCCCGAGCUUCGAUGCACCUGGCUGGAGAGCAUGGCUAAAGUUCACGUCCGCAACGGCGAUCUCUCAGAGGCUGCCAUGUGCUACAUCCACAUCUCAGCCCUUAUCGCUGAAUCCCUGAAGAGAAGAGGCUACUGGAGAGCUGACAAGGCCAGGAUGUCCAGUGUGUCCCCUGAAGAAAGCCCUGUCUAUAACUGUAGCUCCUUACUAACUUCCUCCCGAGAUCAAGACACGUCGUUCUCCAUGGGCUGGGCAGCGUUCAUGUGCAUCAGCCCCAAUGUCAAGGAGGAGGGGGCCAUGAAGGAAGACACUGGGACACAAGACACACCAUAUACAGAGGACACUCUGGUGGAGCAGCUGGAGCUGUGUGUGGACUACCUGUGGAAAUCAGAGAGAUACGAGCUCAUCGCUGACAUCAACAAACCUGUGAUUGCUGUCUUUGAAAAGAGAAGGGAUUUUAAGAGGCUGUCAGAGCUGUACUACGACAUCCAUCGCUCCUACCUGAAGGUGACUGAGGUGGUGAAUUCAGAAAAGCGACUCUUCGGUCGCUACUACCGUGUAGCUUUCUACGGACAGAUUGCGGGUUUCUUUGAGGAAGAGGAGAGCAAAGAGUUUAUCUACAAAGAGCCGAAGCUGACAGGGCUGUCGGAAAUCUCGCAGAGACUCCUCAAACUCUACUCGGACAAGUUUGGAGCUGACAAUGUCAAGAUGAUCCAGGACUCCAAUAAGGUAAAUCCUAAAGACAUCGACCCCAAGUUUGCCUACAUUCAGGUGACGUACGUGGUGCCCUUCUUUGAUGAGAAAGAAGAACAGGACAAAAGGACAGACUUUGAGAGACAUCACAACAUCAACCGCUUUGUGUUUGAGACGCCGUUCACUCUGUCAGGGAAGAAACAUGGAGACGUAGAGGAGCAGUGCAAGAGACGCACCAUACUGACCACGAGUUCCAGUUUCCCCUACCUGAAGAAGCGUAUCCAGGUGGUGGAGCAGCAGAGCACAGAAAUGAACCCGAUUGAGGUGGCCAUCGAUGAGAUGUCACGAAAAGUAUCUGAGCUCAACCAGCUGUGCAACAUGGAGGAGGUGGACAUGAUCCGGCUGCAGCUGAAACUGCAGGGCAGCGUCAGCGUCAAGGUGAAUGCAGGGCCCAUGGCCUACGCCAGGGCGUUUUUAGAGGAAAAGAAUGCCAAGAAAUACCCAGACAACCAGGUCAAACUGCUCAAGGAGAUCUUCAGGCAGUUUGCAGAAGCCUGCGGUCAGGCACUGAAUGUGAAUGAGCGCCUGAUCAAGGAGGACCAGCUGGAGUACCAGGAGGAGAUGAGAGCUCACUACCGGGACAUGCUGACUGAGCUGUCUGGCAUCAUGAAUGAACAGCUACACAAAAGUGUUCAUGCUGCCAGUACCUCCUCUCUCUCUAACAGCUCUCUGUCCACUCUUUCUAAGACUGAUUCCUCACACAAGACAACCAGGAACGGAACGGCACAGCGCCUACUGAAUGGCCAAUAGACUCUCAAAAAAUCCAUUGUGCCCGGGAGGACUUAUUAUUCCCAUAAAUGACUUUGGAGUGCCAGUUUGAGCUUCAUAAGUGGCUUAUUUUCUUUUUUCUGACUGUAGUUGUUUCCUGCUGUAACAAGCGGCAGGCUAGUGGAACUGUGACUGAUGGUGAGUUCAGAGAAAAUAAGGAAAGAAGUGUGUAGACUGUGGUCGUGAUAGUAGUCCUGUGGUUGAACGUUGACUAUCGUCGGUAGAGGCCAGGCUGCUGGACUGUUAGCUACUGUUUGUUUUGAAGACUCGAUCCCCCGCCCUGCCAACUGAUUCAUCAGCUUACAUACUGACAAACACACUCA